ACGGACAGCAAUUUUUCGAAAAUACAGCUUCACUACAAGGGCACAUGGGUAGUCCAUGGUCAGUUGAAGGGUACGGAAACUUUUGACAGGGAGGGCGAGAGUAAUGGAAGCCAUGUCGAUGUGGGGCUGAGUGGUUUCCAUAGGAAUCGCAACUGCUUGAGGAGGAACUAG